CUCUCUCUUCCACCGAUUACAAGCACAACGACGCUCACAUUACCAGCGGCAAAGAUAGAGAUACCUCGCUCAACUUCCAUCGCUAUGGCGGAGAAAGCACAGUCAAACUUUCUGGUUGACUUCGCCCUCGGCGGAGUCAGCGGAGCGGUCGCGAAGACUUGCACCGCGCCUAUCGAGCGCGUGAAGCUCAUCAUCCAGACGCAGGAUGCCAACCCCAAGAUCAAGUCGGGCGAGAUUGCACGCUACAACGGGAUUGGCGACUGCUUCUCCAGGGUGUACUCCGAGCAGGGGCUCAAGGCGUUCUGGCGAGGAAACAUGACCAACAUCAUCCGCUACUUUCCCACACAGGCGUUCAACUUCGCAUUCAAGGACACCAUCAAGGGGCUAUUCCCCAAGGCUAACCCGAAGACCGAGUUCGGAAAGUUCUUCGUUAUUAACAUGGCCUCGGGUGGUCUGGCCGGCGCGGGUUCGCUCUGCUUCGUCUAUCCGCUCGACUACGCGCGGACGCGUCUGGCGUCCGACGUGGGCUCCGGAAAGCGUGACUUCAGCGGCUUGUGGGACUGCCUGAGCAGGACGGCGAAGGGUCCCAAGGGCGUGGCCGGCCUCUACAACGGUUUCGGGGUUUCCGUGAUGGGCAUCAUCCCGUACCGUGGUGUGUACUUCGGGCUCUACGACACUUUCCGCGAGAAGAACCCCUUCAAAAACGACAAGGGCGCCAAGGGCCUCUUGUCCAAGUUCUGCAUCGCGCAGACCGUGGCCAUUGCGUCCGGCUACGCCUCGUACCCCUUCGACACCAUCCGCCGCCGCCUCCAGAUGCAGUCGGAGAAGCCACCGGCCCAGUGGCUGUACAACGGCACGACCGACUGCUUCGCUAAGAUCAUCAAGGAGGAAGGCGGCGCCGCUCUCUUCAAGGGCGCGGGGGCCAACGCGCUCCGCACCGUCGGGUCCGCCCUGGUGCUGGUCAUGUAUGACCAGAUGAAGACGGUCCUGAACCUCCACUAAAACUACGCGGCCUGGCUGUUGUGGUUGGUUGGAUGUGUUUCGCCCGAGAGCGAUGAAAAUAAGGCGGUGGCUUGAAGAGAGCUGGUGAAGCAACCACCGGUCUACUCUCGGCUCGUUCGACAACGGCAGGAGUCGGUUGUCUCCUCUUUUGAGUGCUUUCUUCUAGUUGGAAAGAGGAUGGGUGUUCGGUCAGCUCGUUGGCGCUGUUUUUUUAAAAGCACGUGAAGUUGCCACACAAGUGCGGUGUCAGAGGGAGUGGGAGGCGGCCCAACCGUUGUAGAGGUAGGUAAGGACCGAGAGAGGGCAACGAAAAGACCUUGGCGAGCCUGUAAAUGGAAGUUUGGGCGGCGUAGAGAUAAAAAAUAAUGUUGUAUUAGAUGUAUGUUCAGAUGUACAACAGAUUCCUACAACAGAUGUGUGAGGAAAUGGCGUAGUGUUGUGUUCCAUAGUCGAACAACGACGAAGACGACAUCGGUAGUACACCGACAACAAGAAUCGGAAUUGUGGGUCUUCCCUGAUGUUUUCUGGCCACGGCUGUCUCUCAAACGAAAAAACCUUGUU